UAGAGUAAUUCAUAAAUCCCAUAGUCUUCCGUUAACUAAAAUAGUAUUAUUAUCCUUUAUAUAAAAUACAUUCGUAAAUAAACCUUACGCAACGUCUUCCGUGGAACACCACUGACCUAACUAACUAGCGGCUGGGAUCGAACAAUUGUGGGGGGCCUACAGUGUGGAAACCUGGGGUAGCUCAACAAGCUGCAACAGAGUGCAACGGGCACGCCAAACGCUGCCAAACUUAAUACGGAGUAAAAAACCCCGCCAUAUUUCUCUUCAAACCACUGCUCUUUUACCGAUUCUGUGUUUUCCUACAUCUUUUUUCUUUCCGAACCAUCUCGCUACAAUCACACCAUGGGCCAUCUCGCUAGUCGUUCGUCGCGCGUCGCCAACGCCGCCUGCCCAGCCAGCGCCAUGCAGGCCUAGAACCGCUGUGAUGCCAACCUACAGCAAGGCGUGCAGCCUGCCCCUCGCCUUCAGCUUUUGAAUGGCGGACAUGCCUGUCGUCGUCUCUGCUUCUCCCCGCAUCUCUCUUCCCCUUGAUUCGCGCCGUCCUCACAUUGCCUGGCACCCCGAACACAGGCUAUCCGUCACUACCAUGCCUUCAUCGUCGAAACCGCGGGCUCUCACCGAUGCCGUAUCAGUCGCUUCAACAGGUGUCUCUAUGCCGUUGCUAGGCUUCGGUGUCUACCAAGUUCCCAAACCAACUUGCGUCGAUGUCUGUUUGGCUGCGCUCGCCGCUGGAUAUCGCCACAUCGACUCGGCCCAGGUCUACGAGAACGAAGCAGAAGUCGGUCAAGCUGUCAGUCAAGCUUCCGCCAAGCUUGGUAUUUCCAGAAAAGAUGUCUUUUUGACAACCAAGAUAAUGUCACAUAGCGACAAUGGCAGCCAAACCAUGUACGAGAGUGUCGCAAACAGCGUGUCCAAAAUUGGCGGCCGGAAAAAGGACGCAUAUGUUGAUUUAUUUCUUGUUCAUGCACCGGGCACAAGACAGUUUCGUGAAGACGCAUGGAAGGCGUUGGAGAAGCUCUAUGAGCAAGGAAGAGCCAAGACUAUUGGUGUCAGCAAUUUUACCGUUGAGGAUUUGGAAGAAAUGAAGGAAUAUGCCACAAUAUGGCCGCCGCACGUAAAUCAAAUCGAGCUGCACCCUUGGUGCCAAGAACGCGAAACUGUACAAUACUGUGAAAACCACCACAUUAUCCUGCAGGCAUAUAGCCCGUUAGACCAAGGGAAUCGCAAAAACGAUCCCGCAGUCGUCACCAUUGCCGAAAAGCACAAGAAGAGCCCCGCUCAGGUGCUCAUCCGAUAUAGCUUGCAAAAGGGUUGGAUUCCCUUACCCAAAAGUGUCAACCUAGACCGAAUCAAACAAAACACGGACGUUUAUGAUUUUGAAUUGGCCUCAGACGACAUGGCUGCUUUGGACAGUCUCGAGUCGUAGUGAAAUGGACAUUUCUUUUUUCGCAAAGAGCAAUAACAAAAAGUAUUAUAACAGUUAAUAUCCAAAACCAUUUGUUUAUUGGUAUAUAAAACAAAGUAACUCUCUGCUGGCAUAAAAUAUAACAAGCAAAUCUACAGUUAUGAGCUAGGUGUGCCGUUCUUGGCCCAGUCGCGCAGGUCGUUCUUCUUAAUCUUUCCAGUGCUGGUCUUGGGCAGAUCCUUGACAAUUUCGACUUCGCCAGGAACCAUGAAUCUGCUAAUAUUGCUAUUGUUCUUGGCCCACGAGAUAACGUCGGCUGGUUUGACACUCUUGCCAGGCUUGACCGUGAUGAAAGCCUUGGGAGUCUCUCCCCACUGCCUGCUCUUGAUAGCCACGACGCCGGCUUCGAGAAUGUCGGGGUGCUGCACGAGCAUACCCUCUAGCGCGACUGAAGAGAUAUUUUCACCGCCAGAAAUGAUAAUAUCCUUGGCACGAUCUAGAAUCUGGGCACUGCCAUCAGGAUGCCAGACAGCAAGAUCUCCAGAGUGAAGGCCGCCACCGGCAAAGAGCUUCUUUGUCGCUGCGGGGUCUUUGUAGUAUUCUUUGGCGCAGAUAUUUCCAAAGAACACAAUCUCGCCAAUUUCCUUUCCAUCCUUGACUACGUCGAUAAAGACAUCAUUAGGUUGGUCGGGCUUGAUGACUCGGAUGGGCAGACUGGUAAUGAAGCCGUGACCUUGACGCGCCAUCUUGGCAUACUUUUCGCUCGGUGGGAGCUUUUCCCACUCGGGCAUCGGG